CCUCAGUUCAUCGUGCCUCCUCACGCCAAUGGCGACUGACGAACAAUUGAAGGCUUUCAUAACAAGACACCGUGAGCUGCUAAACAAGGAGCGUGAAGCGGAGAUCGAGCGUACCUCGCUGCUCCUGUCCAAUUGUCCUCCUAAAGUCCUCGAGCAGAAGGGCCUGUGCUUGGCCGGCCUCGGGAUUGCUUCAGUCGGGAUCGGUCUUGGUGGCAAGACUCUAGUGGAGCUGGAACGACCAGCGGCGUACCAUUCGAGUCCUCUGUUUCCGCCGCACACUUUAAGGCCAGGCGAUCUUGCACGUAUAGAAGAGCACACCUCCGGUGCGGCGGCUCCGAAGAAAGUUGCGAAGACCAAGAAAUCAGGACCUGCCCAGAAGGGGGAAGGGGAUAGUGUCGAAGGAGUUGUGUUCAAGGUCUCUGAAACCCGCAUUGUCAUAGCCGUAGAUCCUCCGGAGACAGGUGGAGAAGACCUCGACCUGCCGGACAGGUGUCGGGUCGUCAAACUCGCAAAUAGCGUGACUUACGACAGAAUGAUCAAAGCCCUCGAUCAGCUAGAGAAAGUUGUGUUGUCCAACUCUGACGUCAAGGAAGACAAAUUCUUGCCCAAGCUGACUCCUCUCGAUCGCGUCCUCAUGGGAAUGGCACCACCUUCAGAAAGGGUGCCUAUCAAAGAUAUCAAGUUCUUCGAUGGCUCUUUGAAUCCGAGUCAACAAGAGGCGAUCCGCUUCGCACUCGGAUCUCCAGAAGUUGCAUGCAUCCACGGACCUCCAGGAACAGGGAAGACGCAUACUCUAAUAGAACUUAUCCGUCAGCUCACUACCGUCACGCCGACCAAUCCCAAGCCCCUCCGACUGCUCGUGUGCGGUGCCUCCAACCUGUCCGUGGAUAACAUUCUAGAGCGACUCCUCGCCCUUCCGGCUCCAGAUAACGGCAAGAAACUGAAGGUGACACGUGUGGGACAUCCCGCUCGGGUCAUGAAUCAAGAAGAAGUGCUUGAGGUAACUCUGGAAGUUAAAGCCAGCCGGAGCGACCAGGCCGCCCUGGCGAAGGACGUCAAGAAUGAGCUCGAGGCGGCGCUUGACACCCUUUCGGGAAAAGGGAAGGGCGCGAAGGGUAAGGCACCGAGGGGACUGGAACGUAAGAAGAUGUGGGAGGAAGUUAAAGCUCUGCGAAAGGAGUACCGCCAGCGCGAAAGCGGGGUGGUGGAAAGUGUCAUGAGCGAAUCGCAAGUCGUUCUUGCGACUUGCCAUUCCGCGGGUGGCAGACAGGUGCGAUCGCAGGAUUUUGACGUUGUCAUCAUCGACGAGGCGACGCAAGCCGUAGAAGCUGUGUGCUGGAUACCCAUCUUCAAGGCGCAGAAGCUAAUCCUCGCUGGAGACCCAAUGCAACUUCCGCCGACUAUUAUAUCGAUAGACAAGAAGGAGAAAAAAGCGAAGAACGCUGGAGCUUCAGCACCUGGAAAAUCUAUCGCUACCCCAAGUGGCAAGAAAUCGGCUGCGGAGAAGACGGGACAGAAGACGGAACAACCGAGACCCCCGAAAGACGAAGAACCAGAAUCAGGAGGAGAUGAAGAUGGAGACACCGAGUCCGGUGAAGACGAAGGUGACUGUGCAAUGACGGCCGACCCAAAGGAGCCGCUGAGGUCUACACCCCGGGAUCCGCACAAGCCUGGGCCGAAGGCGGUCCUACGUACACCUCGCACCCUUGAAACGACGCUGUUUGAACGGCUAGAGAAAAUGUACGGACCAGGCAUCAAGCGUAUGCUCACCGUCCAAUACCGAAUGCAUGCCCAUAUCGCGUCUUUCCCGUCGAAAGUCAUGUAUCACUCUAGACUGAAGUCCCACCCGUCCGUAGAGGCGCACCUCCUCCGCGACUUGCCGAAUACUAAGACAGACUCGGAGGACGAUGAGAAGGAGAUCCUCGGCACCCCUGUCGUCUUCUACGACACUGCAGGCUGUGAAUACUUUGAACGACUGGAAGGUGACGGCGACGAAGGAAGUCGCUGUAACGAGAACGAGGCUUCCGUAGUCAAGAUGUGGGUCGAUCAGCUGGCUGGCGCAGGAGUCCUGCCAUCUCAGAUAGCUGUGAUCACGCCAUACCAAGCGCAGGUCACGCUCCUCACGUCCCUGCUCCGCCCGAUCUAUGGUCCCGAACUCGAGAUCGGGACCGUCGACGGGAUGCAAGGCCGGGAGAAAGAGGCUGUGAUCAUCAGCCUCGUACGGAGCAACGAGAAGCGGGAGGUCGGCUUUCUCAAGGACAAGCGAAGGCUGAACGUGGCCAUGACCCGAGCGCGCCGACACCUGUGCAUCAUAGGCGACUCUUCGACCGUGCAGCAUGGCAGCCCGUUUCUGAAGAAGUGGAUGGCGUGGCUGGAAGCCAACGCUGAUGUCCGCUACGCCGGUCUUGAAUGACCCAGGCGCAGAUUGCAGAUGACAAAUGAGGGAGGUGCUCAGUGAUGUACAUCCGGCAGCCCUGAUUAGAGAGUUGCACCACACUGAGAGAGGUCCAAAAAGUGUACAAUACACAGCAAUCUCGUGUAACAUCUAGCUUUCCCGGACCCUUGGAGACCUCUAUCAGAACCUUCCUGUCAGAGCAUGUAGUAUGUACAGCACGAGGAAAUUUGUACAGCUACGUUAAGGGCCAAGUUUCAUAGCGAUAUCUCACAAGAGGGUAUGGAGGAGAGGGAGAGGUGGUCGAUAUUGUCUGAGCCGUGCAAUCAAAGCGCAGCUGCGGGCUCCCGGCUGACGCUGCCUCCCCGUCGACGGGAGGUGACUGGGGCAUCCUCGACAGCCCCGGUCGCUUCUGCGCUCAACAACCCCGCCUCCUCUUCGUUGUACGUGCGGGAAGCAUGCCGACCACGGGGCGGGGAGCCUUUCGGCCGGUACAGGAAGGACUGACAAACGAUCGUGACGUCGAACAUAAGGGUGCCGCCGCUGCCAAGGAGGUAUGGGAUGCUCUCGCGCAUGAAUGCAGAUGCUUGUGGAGGGGGUAGUUGCAGAUUAGGAGACGUGAGGAUUGAUGCUACGUAGAAUGUGUUGCCCAGGAAUGCAAAGAUGAAUAAAUAUAUGGAAAGACCCUCUACAGACUUGCGGACAAAGUUCUUCCAGAUCUGCGGUAAUCGAGAUGUAAGGUAGAGAACGGUGCAUAUCCAUGCGGAUAUUCGGCCAAUGAUGAACUCCAUCGAGGGAGCUGGCUCGGGUUGUUCUAGCAAGAAGUCCUCGAUAGAUCGAGUGAAUUCUACGGCAGCGGGCCCUCCCGCGAGUUGCGCAGAAAGUAUGGGGUCUGCUAUUCGCGUAUCGACGACCACAGCUGGGAACACUGCUAUAGGCACCACUGGCGGUACGUCCGCGCGCGCGAGUACCUUCCCUGUCCUCUCCGCGAGAACAUUGGGAUGCGGAAGCGUGCUCCCCGCAAAUGUCCCAACGCCGAACAGCGCCCACAUGCCGAGGAAUACCAUCGUCGCCCCUUUCCGGCUAGCUCGCGAGCUCCGCCUGUGCGAGUUGGCCGCGAGCCAUUCCUCGUCGUCCUCUGCAACGUCGACCGCCCUGACGGUAGAUCGUCCUCGAGGUAUCGCCUCGGGCUCAUCGAGAGGUACGGACAUCUGCAACGCGUGGGGCACACGACUUGAUUGUCGACUGUGCCGGACGCUCGCGGGACCCGGACCAGGGUACGAGUCAUACCCCCAAGCGACCUGUUUCCGCCGUGCUGUCCGUCCACCCUCCGAGUGGAAGCUCUCCGCCAGGCGCGCCAGUGCGUCUUCAUCUACGUCGUCAUCAUCGUCGAACCCGGGAGAGCGAGGCUCUGUCGAGUGCGAGCGAGCGCCGUGUCGUUGCGAGUGCUCCUCCUGCUGUGCGGCGAGCGCCGCGACGGCGGCUACGUUUGCUGCGACAUUGGAGAGGGCGCGAUAUCGGGGCGCGCUGGCGGCGCGUUCGAUUGAGUACCGACGGGUGCCGAGCGUCCCGGAGAUGGUGCGCUCGCGACCGUGAAGGUAUGCAGGAGGGAUGGCCUUCGCUUUCCUAGCGUAGUAGAAGUAUUGCACGAGAAGACUCAGGUCGACCAGACAGAAGUAGGUAGCGAGAUAUGUCUGAAAGGGUAACUGGUUGGUUAAGAUGCAACCAAUCAAGUUGGUGGUAUCACCGAGCAGCCAGUUCAUGAG